UCACGCGUCGAGUGCUGCUGUUUGGGUUCAUCUGGUCACGCGCGGGCGUUUCCAGGUCUGAGAUCCUGUGACCCCAGCAGGGGGGGGGGGUCCUACAUCAGGAUGGGGGAGUCCCGGCUCCUGGUGGAGGAGCUGCUGGCGCUCAUCCUGCAGAGGGUCCAGUUGGAGGACAGCGCGGCGCGCGUGGAGCGAGAAUUCAUUGAAAUGCUGAGGAACUUUGAGGCUGUGAGGAAGACGUGGCUCCACUCCGAGCUGGAGCUGAAAAAGUACAAAGAGCUGCUGGUGAAGUCGGAUGUGGCCAAGGCUGCUCUGGAGGUCAAACUGAAGCACGCCCGCAACCAGCUGGAUGUGGAGAUGAAGAAGAGGCACAAGGUCGAGACAGACUACCAGUAUCUGCAGAGGCAGAUGCAGCUGAUGUGCGACAUCCUGGUCCAUGACAGCAAGUCCAGCUCCUGCCUGAACGACGAACAGCGCUCUCUGCUGGCCACGUUUGAGCGCCGAGGAGCCAACGCCACUCUGCAGAGAAGCAGCAAACGGCUGUCGGUCAUUGAUGAAUCGUCAUUCCUGUCCCACUCCGACAUCAGCUACGACCGCACCGACGACGACGUGGACCUGGACACGACCGUGAUCAAGCCUCUGAGGUCUCGAGCUCGCGAGAGAAGGCGAUCUUCCAUGUGUCCGACUGUUGGGGCUCCAGUUGGGAAGCGAUCCAGAGGUGGAAACGGUUCUUCUGAGCUGCUGGAGAGAAAAACUAUAGAUGAGGAGGUGGAGACCAUAGUGAAGGCUUCCAUGACGACCGUGGACUCCGGUGGUCAGCUCCACAUGAAACUUGGAAUCACGCAGGAGAGCCCGGACAAGCCGACGCGCUCCAUCACCCAGGAAUGUGCCGUCUCCCUGGGGGGUGGAGGGGCAGGAGAAGACCAAACCUCUGUGUGGCUUCACUGUGAUAACACCACGGUCCAGCUCCAGGCGGAAGGACAACAGCGAGACCUGACGGCCCACAGAGUCCAGAAGACACUCAGACACAUCUUCCUGUCUAAAACGGUGAUCCGGCCCGAGACGUGUGUGCCGUGUGGAAAGAGGAUCCGCUUUGGGAAGAUGGCAGUGAAAUGCAGGAGCUGCCGUGUGGUCGCCCAUCCAGAAUGCAAACAGAAGCUGAGCGUUAGCUGCUCAGCUGGCAGCCCGGUGACAGGAAGUGCAGCUCAGAUGGUGCCAGAUUCAUUGGAGAGGUUUGCUCCACCCACCCACCCCAGAGUUCCUCAGCUGAUUGUGGAUUGUGUGGCUGAGAUUGAGAGGAGGGGCCUUCAGGAGAGGGGUCUGUACAGAGUUCCUGGAGGUGAGCGUCUUGUGAAGGAGCUGAGAGAUCGCUUUCUUCAGGGGAAGUCGGCUCUGGUGCUCAGCAAGGUCCAAGACAUCCAUGUGGUCUGUGGACUCCUGAAGGAUUUUCUGAGAAAGCUGAAGGAACCUCUGAUCACAUUCAGGCUUCACAAAGCGUUCAUGGAAGUUUCAGAGCUUACCGAUGAAGACAGGAGCUGGACUGUCCUGUGUCAGACUGUGGCUGAGCUCCCAAAGGCCAACAGGGACACUCUGGCGUUCCUCAUGCUUCAUCUGCACAAAGUGAUGAGGAGUCCACAGUGCCAGAUGGACCAGAACAAUUUGGCCCGGGUAUUUGGACCUACUAUAGUAGGCCAUGGCAUGUCUGAGCCAUCUCCAUCAACCAUCAUGAGAGACACCAACGUUCAGCCCAAGGUUAUAUGCCGCCUGUUGUCCCUUCCUGAAGACUUUUGGAGGCGUAUCCUCAUGGAUCAUGGCGUCCGAAUGGAUGAGAUCCCGCCUGUGUGCUCAAACCAAGGUCAGGAUGAAGGACAUGGUCGAUUGUUUAAGCCGCUGACGUCUCCAGAAUUAAGCAGCUGCUACAAGACGUCCAGCGUGGGAUCGGUGCGAGGCAGGAUCUUAAACCCAAGGACUGCUGUCCCCGACACAGGUCCAAUGGAUUCAACAAGGAAGUUUUUCACAUCCCCCAGCUGAAAACCUUGCAUCAUUCUACACAUUCUGAAACAGUUUGGUCGGAUGUUGGGCUGUAAAAAAAUGAUAGAAAAUUAUAAUAUUGUGGAUUGUUUUUUAAAAAAAAGAACUUGAAAUAAAAUAUGUUGUUUUUUGGGUAAAUUAUGCUUUUUGC